AUGCUGUCCACAUCAAUAACAGCCCGGCAUCUCGCCCGAGCGGCCACGACAUCCUCCAUCCUCCCCGCCACCACAUCCCGCUUCGCCGCGCCGGCGGCGGCAGCAGCACAACUCGUCAUCGCAAGACGGGGCUACGCGACGCCGCUGGGCCCGCCGCCCAAGGGCUUCCGGCAGGCGCCGGUCAAGAAGUGGGACGAGGAGGACGAGGGCACAUUCACCAAGCUGGGCAAGUACUUCCUGAUGACCGAGAUGGCUCGGGGCAUGUACGUGCUGCUGGAGCAGUUCUUCCGGCCACCAUACACAAUCUACUAUCCCUUCGAAAAGGGACCCAUCUCCCCUCGCUUCCGUGGCGAGCACGCCCUACGGCGCUACCCAUCGGGCGAGGAGCGCUGCAUCGCCUGCAAGCUGUGCGAGGCAAUCUGCCCGGCGCAGGCCAUCACCAUCGAGGCUGAGGAGCGGGCGGACGGCAGCCGUCGCACGACGCGCUAUGAUAUCGACAUGACCAAGUGUAUCUACUGCGGCUUCUGCCAGGAGUCUUGCCCAGUUGAUGCGAUUGUGGAAAGCCCUAAUGCUGAGUACUCGACCGAGACUCGCGAGGAGCUACUAUACAACAAGGAGAAAUUGCUGGCGAACGGAGACAAGUGGGAGCCUGAGCUCGCAGCGCUCAUUCGGGCAGAUGCCCCCUACCGAUAA